UGACCCUUAGUAAACUUGAUUAUACUCAUUUUCCGACCACCAGUCUAUUUAUUUGCAACAGUUUGAUAUUACUUGGUAAACAUAGGCCAAAAAGUUACUAAAGGCUCUCCAGAAAUGGAAGAAGACAAUUCUUGGGUGUUUGACUCUCUAGUUUGUUUUUUGAACGGUCCCAUUUGGAACGCUCCUCUUCAGACAUUCAUCGAGGAGAAAUCUCUUAUUUUUGAACCGAACGUCGAAGACAAUGAGGAGUACAAACAUAUUUUCGAUGAAUAUAAAAAUUUGGUGGAUUUUAUGCUCGGAAACUUUAUGGAAGAUAUUGGAAUAACACCAGAACAAUUUGAAAAUGCUUGUAUUGAAGGAAAGAAACAUCCAGUAUCAUUUGAUCAAAAUUUAUUUGAGCAAAUAUGGGCCGCAAACGACUACGAAAUAUUCAGGAGAAUCAUGACACAAAGAAAUGUGGAAUUGCAAUUGCAAGCUCUAGAACUAAUUGAACAAAAAUAUGGCAUAACUCCUCAAUCCUUUAUUCCAAAACAUAAGGACGAUAAUGUUAAAGAAAUACCCAUCAUCAUAGAAAAGUCCUCUGAUAUGGAAAAUGAAGUUAUGGAAGAGGUUUCAAAGAACUUCUCCACAGAGGAACCUUCUACUUCUUUCAUUGAGGUAGGAAGUAUUCUAGAGGAAAAGGAAUUGUUGGCAAAGGUGCUGGAGAAAACAAAAGAACAAGCCGACAUGAUUGACAAGCCAAAAGAGAAACCAGAAAUUGGAAAACAUGAAGAGAAAGUUGAGACAGAAGCGAAAAUAGAAAAACAAGAACCAAAAAUCGACUCAUUGGAGGUAAAAAAACGACAAGAAUACUUGAGAGCUCAAAGAGACAAGCUUGUAGCGCUGAAAAAAGAAGCUAGACGUAAGCAACUCGAUGUUGACAAGGGUUCCAAAGAUGAAUCCAAAUCCAGGCCCAAAUCAGCCAAAGCGGCCCAAGCAGUGCUGACAGGUGUAAAUCCUAGUAUUGAGUAUCAACAGCUUCAGUUGCGUAAAACCCUGGCAGAUCGUUUGAAAGCGGAGGUAGUUGCUGGCAAAAAAUAAAAAUACUAUAUUUUCUCUUAUAUUUAUUACCUAAAUAUAACGAGUACAAUUUUUA